GAAGGAUACAAACUUGUGGGAAAUUUCAUUCAACAAGAGAAACUAUAGCAUACAAGCCAUGAAAACAGAGAAUUGUUGUUAAUUUAAAUUAGCCGCAAUUCAUAGAAGUAAAACCAACAUUGGCAUGGCUGAAAAUAAUUAAAUAACAAUUACCAAACAAGAUAGACACACUUGUCUUGUAACAAGGUUUAUAAGAUGGGAUCGAAUUACACUAUUCUAUAUAAUUUAAUGGCAAAUAACAUUAGUUAAAACAAUAAUUUGCAUUCACACACAUUUAACACAAAUCAGUGAAUAUCAAUUAAAAUCUAAUUGGAUAAGCUAAUGAAAUAAUAUGGUAAAGGACUUAAUUCAGUUGGUUUUUUCCAAGGCAUUUGCCACGUGCUAACUCACAGUCCAUGACGAAUAAACACGUAGCCAACAUAUGGCAAAAUUGCACCAAAGGUGAAAAUCUUGAAUAUAAGCAAACCAUAAGCAAACCAUAUUCCAACAAAAACCAAUCCUGCAAUAAUCUAAAGCUUGGAAGUGAAAAUGGAGAAGAAGCAAGAACAUGUGGAUAAGAAAGCAGACAAUAAGGAAGAUAAGAAGGAAGGCUUGGAAGGGCUACCAGUAAAGGACAGUCCUUACUUGAAGUACAUGGACUUGGAAGAUUACAAGCGUCAACGGUAUGGAACCGAAGGCCAUCAACAACCAAAGCCAGGCCGUGGCGCUGCUAGCCCCACCGACGCCCCCACUCUUUCCGGUGCCAAUCUCUCCUCUGAGCGUGAUUUCGCUGCCACUGAUACCAUUAACCGUCAAGGGGUCCCCUGAAUCGCAUAGCUAUAAUAAUUAGUUAAUUACGACGUUCUUGAGAAGAAGAUUUGGAAAUCAAGUAAGAAAGCUAUAUAAAUUAGUUUUUGUUUCUUUGGGGUUGUAAAUAAAUAAAAUUUUCAUCAAAUGAUAUUUACAGUAACACCAUAAAACAAUG